AUGCGACCGAUAUCACUGAUCUUCUACCUAAUUGUGCUGCUUGCUGCGCAGCUGGUAACAGCUGACGAAUAUAUCGAGUCUAGAGCGCUGAGUUUGUGCUCCAACAGUUUGGAAUUUACAGCGACGUACUUCAAUGUAAGGUUCACGCCGAAGAAUCGUACUAUUGCAUUGAGCUUUAAUGGAAGGUCAUCGAUAUCUGGCAAAGUCAUCGCAGAGUUGAUUAUCACGGUUUACGGCUACACCGCGAUGACCAAGGUGUUGAAUCCUUGUGAUAUGGAUCUAGAAGGGCUUUGCCCAGUGAGGGCUGGCGAGAUCCCGGUGAUGAAUACCAACAUCAAAGUACCUGACUCAUUUAUUUCACAGAUCCCUGGUAUUGCCUACACUGUCCCCGAUCUAGAUGCCUCCGUGCGCGUUUUCAUCAACUCCUCCGACACAGGAAGGAGUAUUACUUGUCUCGAAGCAGAGCUCUCAAAUGGAAAAACUGUUUAUCAGCCCGGGGUAGGUUGGACGACGGCUAUAAUUUCUGGUCUGGGUCUGGCUGCCUCUGCAGUCACCUCUGCGCUUGGUCACUCAAAAGCCGCCACACACAUAGCAACUAAUGUGCUCUCGCUUUUUGGAUUCAUGCAGUCACAAGCAAUGUUUGGAAUGUCAUCGGUUCACAUGCCUCCGAUUGUUCAGUCAUGGACGCAGAACUUCCAAUGGAGCAUGGGCCUCGUUCGUGUCGGUUUCUUGGAGACCUUGUGUACUUGGUACCAGCGAUCCACAGGUGGGCGGCCUUCGAUUCUCAUUGUCGACCAUUCUAAAAAGUCGAUUCAAAUUCUCAAAAAGCGCCUUCAUGACACUUUGCUAAAGCGAGCCGGUAAACCUGGAGCAGAUACACAUAAAAGCAUUGUGAUACGCGGAAUCCAACGUGUCGGGUAUAAGGCAGGAAUCGAAGUGACCAACAUCUUUCUGACAGGCUUGAUCUUCUUCAUCUUCUUUGCCACACUUGCAAUGGCCUGUGUCGCAAUAUUCAGAGUUAUCUACAAGUCCCUAGUCAAGUCAAGGAAGAUCAAAAACUAUGAAGUCAAAUGGAACUUCAUUACAAAGGGCAUUCUAUUCCGGGUAAUCCUGAUUGGGUACCCUCAGAUAUGCAUACUUUGUUUGUGGGAGUUCACUCAACAUGAUUCCCCUGCCGAGGUUAUACUUGCCGCCGUCAUGCUCUUGACUACCACAGUUGCCAUAGGGUUUGCAACACAAAAGGUCGCCCGUCUUGCCAAACAAUCGUUGAAAUUGUACAGAAACCCUGCAUACGUUCUCUACACUGACCCUGCCUGUUUGAAUAAAUGGGGUUUUUUAUACGUGCAAUAUCAAGCCAAGGCUUACUACUUCAUUACGCCAGCCCUUGCCUACAUCAUAGUGAAGUCCAUGUUUAUCAGCCUGAGCCAAGCAGCCCCUGUGGUGCAGACCAUAGCAUUGGUAAUCAUCGAGGCUUGCAUACUGAUCUCCAUCAGCAUUUUGAGGCCCUGGAUGAACAGGAAGACUGACAUAUACAACAUCUCAAUCGCAGCUAUCAAUUUCGUUAAUGCUAUCUUCUUGCUCAUUUUUUCGAACGUCUUCAGCCAACCUGGCAUUCUGACAGGCGUGAUGGGAGUUGUUUUCUUUGCCUACAACGCAGUGUUCUCACUAGUCCUCCUGGUCCUCGUGUUGAUGGCUUCCACCCACUCCGUCCUAUCGAAGAACCCAGACAUUCGAUACCAACCAAUGAGGGACGAUCGGGAGUCAUUUAUUAGGUCACAAUCUCAGCAUCAGCUGGGUACUGAGUUAGAUGAUUUGGGUGCCGCUGCUCGUGGUGAAAAGCAUUCUAAUCACGACAAGUCUACCCCAAGUUUAGUUGAUGCCUCAGACAGGCAUGAACAUAGUAACGAGCCUAAUGGUGAAGAUACACCUGAGGAAGAUCCGCCCUCGUCAGAUAUUCUUGGGAGUGAACCUCUGGGGUAUCAGGAUCACCUCCCCAAAGCUCCGGCCGGUCGAGUAUAUUGUCACCGGAAAGGCUGCUAUAGACCCCCUGCAAACCCCGAUGGUACAUUGCCUACAGAAACUGGCAGGCCUUGCAACAGCUCGAGUCCAUGGAAGAGAGGAGCUGGAUAUGAAUGA